AUGGGACAACUGAUAGGCAAGUUGAUGAGCAUCUUCGGGAAACAGGAACACAGGGUUAUCAUCGUAGGACUGGACAAUGCAGGAAAGACCUCCAUUCCCUACCCGUUCCUGAAGAAUGAGGUGGUCCCUACAUGUCCCACCAUCCGUAGCAACGUGGAGAAGAUUGUUUUGCAAAAGACCCACUUCUUCAUGUGGGACAUACGAGGAGAGGAGGCUCUGUGCUCCGCUUGGAACACAUACUACUCCAAUGCUGAGUUCGUCAUCCUUGUGAUUGACAGCACGGCCCGGGAUCGACUGCUGACCACUCUGUAGGAGCUGUGUAAGAUGCUGGCCCAUGAGGCUCUAUGAGAUGCUUCCGUCCUGAUCUUUGCCAAUAAGCAGGACGUGAAGGACUCCAUGACCACCGUGGAGAUCUCCCAAUUCCUCACCCUUAGUGCCAUGAAAGACCACCCGGGCACAUGGCACAUACAGGGCUGCUGUGCCCUCACCGGGGAAAGGCUGCCUGCCGGGCUUCAGUGGCUGCAGUCUUGGGCCACUGUCAACUGAUGUCAGCCUGAGGCCAACCAGAAUCUUUGAGGGUUUUGCAUGGACGAUGUGGGUGGAAAACCCAAAUGACUAUUUGUUAUUUUUCUGUGAUUCUCCGGUGGGACCAGGGGCAGCUAUGGACAGUGAGAUUGCCACUAUCCACCCAACCCCCACUGAGGAGCUAGACUGAGCACCCUGAAUUGCUGCAGACAGGACAACUGUAAAAGCUGCCCUUCACUCCAACCUUCUUGGAGACACCAGGGAAGCUGUUGGAUGUGCUGGGGGAUUAGGAAGUGGAGCCCCCUCCCCUCAGCCCUCAACCUCUCUGUAGGAAAAAUGGAGGACAGAGUAAGAAACCCUGGAAUUUUUCUUUCUUUCCUAGAACCCUAACCCUAAGCCCCUCACCCCCUACUCCAGCUUUCUGGCCCCUUAGCCAUCUUUGUCUCCUACCCUUUGAUCAGAGGAGAUUCCAGAAAGGUGAAGGGGUCGGCUCAGGGGAAGGAGGGCAGAACCAAACGCUGGGAGGGGAGAGGGCAGAGGACAGGACCUUCGGGCCAGGGACAGUCCCUCACACUGCAGGGACUUCUACUCCUCCCUCACCCUCCCAUUCCCUCCGACCACAGCUUUUGAGCUUUAAGCCACACCUUCACUCCCAGUGUCCUUCCAGUGUGAAUCCUACUCCUCCCAAAUAUCUCACAUUCCUCCUAGAGCAUUUGCUUUUCUUGUCUUUUUGUAGUGAUUUUUUUCACACUGUAGUAGGAAUU